AUGUUAAGAAAUAUUGAUUUUGUUUUGUUUUGUAGACGAGGUAAUACAGCAUUACAUGAAUGUUUUUUAUUAGGAUUAGAUGGUGCUGAACCAUUAAGAAUUCUUCUCAAACAUGGAGGUGAUGCAUCUUGGUUAAAUGAUAAAAAUGAAAGUGUUAUUGAUAUAGCAGCAAAACAAAAUUGUCCAGAAUUAUUACAAGCUUUUUCUAAAUAUCAAAGUGAAAAAAUGCUUAAACAACAUAUGAAAAAUUCUUAUGAUGAUCAUACAAGAAUAAAAACUAUUCAUGAUCAUCAUUCAUCAGAAAAAUUAUAA